AUGUCCCCUAUAAGCCGCCAAUCCCUCCAAAAGAUCCCCCUUUCAUACGCUUCCUGCUCCAUCGGCUGCAGACCCGAGGAUACCCUCGCCCGCAGACUGGAAGCAAUCAGCAACGCAGGAUUCAUCUCAAUUGAAUUGUCAUUCCCUGACAUUCUCGAAUUCGGAUCCCAGGUCCUUGGUUAUCCCGUCCAACCCGAUAGUUACUCCGUGCUUAAGGGGGUCGCUCAGGAUAUUCGUCGAUUAUGCGAUGCCAACGCAUUGACCGUGAUGAUAUUACAGCCAUUUGCAAAUUUCGAAGGAUGGCCACAGGGAUCAAAGGAGAGAGAAGAGGCGUUUACGCGGGCGAAGGGUUGGAUUGAGAUUAUGAAGAUUGUUGGGACUGAUCUUUUGCAGGUUGGAGCUACAGAUACACCUAAAGAGAAGAUUUCCACCGCGCGCGACACUGUCGUCUCCGAUCUACGUGAACUAGGAGGUAUGCUAGCGGAGAACAACUUUCGACUCGCCUACGAGAACUGGUGCUGGUCUACACACGCACCGGGCUGGAAAGAGGCGUGGGAAAUUGUGCGGGAUGUCAAUCUCCCAAAUGUCGGCCUUUGUCUCGAUACGUUCCAAUCGUGUGGAAGCGAAUGGGGUGAUCCGACCACAUCGUCAGGGAUGAUUGAAAGCGUCUCGCCCGAGCAGCUGCAAAAAAAUUGGCAUUCGAGUAUGCAGGAGCUGGCGGCUACGGUUCCUGGGGAUAAGAUCUAUUUGCUGCAGAUCUCGGAUGCGUAUAAAGUGUCGCCUCCGCUGGAAAAUGAGGUCAUUGGAGGAUUACGGCCGCGUGGUCGGUGGAGUCAUGAUUUCAGGCCUAUGCCUUAUGAUGGUGGGUACUUGCCUAUUGAGGACUUUGCGAGAGCGGUGUUGCAGACUGGAUUUAGGGGGUGGUUCUCCAUGGAAAUCUUUGAUAGGGGACCUGAUGGGAAGGGGAGGGAAUAUGAGGUGAAUGACUUUGCGAAGCAGGCAAUGGAAAAUAUGCAGAAGUUGCUAGACAAUUGCGCUACUGAAUAA